AUGCUAAACCCCCCCUUGUACGCGCCCGCAGGUAUCGUCUGCGAUCCGCCCCCGCACAUCCCCCACGGGAGUCACAGCGGGCACUUGAGGGACACCUUCUCCUACACGGACGUGGUCACCUACACCUGCGACCCCGGCCACCCGCUGGCUGGAGACCCCUCCAUCUGCUGCACCACGGAGGAUGGGGAGCACGGCGUGUGGAGCGGGCCGCCGCCGCGGUGCGGAGAGGAGAAUUGUCCUCCCCCUCCAGGCAUCGCCAACGGGAAGCACAGCGGCCGCCCCUCGGACACCUUCCGUCCAGGCUCGGCGGUGCAGUACACCUGCAGGGAUGGCUACUCCCUCAUCGGGAACGCCUCCAUUACCUGCACCGCCGGGGGAACGUGGAGCCGGCCCCGGCCCCGAUGUGAAGCAACCGGCUGCAAAAGACCGGAGAUUGAGAACGGAAGAACGACUGGGCUGGAGACUGCGUACAAACUCGCAGACAUCGUUGUCUUCGAGUGCAAUUUUGGUUACGCCUUGAAGGGCUCUCAAGAGUCUCAGUGCCAGUUUGGGGGGACGUGGGACCCUCCUGUCCCCAUCUGCGAGAAAAUGCUACAGUGUCCUUCCCCUCCAAUUAUCAAAAACGGCCAGCAUGAGAGCAAGGAUGUGAAAGUCUUCAUCCCUGGAAUAUCAGUGAAGUACAGCUGUGACCCGGGGUAUGUCCUCACCGGGAAAACAACCGUUUCUUGUUUGACAUCUGGAAGCUGGAGCAUCCCUUACCCCCGCUGUGAAGUCAUCACCUGCACGAGCCCCGACAUCCCCAAUGGAGAUGUGGCUGAAGGACAGAGCGCUGAGUACCACCCCGGGGACAACCUCACCUUCCAGUGCCACCCGGGCUACGUGCUGCGGGGCAGCCGUCAAGCCAAGUGCCAGCGCGAUGGCCGCUGGGUGCCCGCUGUCCCCACCUGCGAGCCGGGGAGAAAGUGUGAUCACCCCGGAGAACCAGAGAACGGCAGAGUUAUAGUCGUAACAGAUCUCUUCUUCGGCUCAACCGUGAAUUACACCUGCAACGAAGGACCUUCCAAGGCAAAGACUGAGAGCAUCACCGCUGAGACGGGUUCAUCCCCGACGGUUCACUUCCUGGGAGCCGUGUGUGCCCUGCAGACCCCGCGUGCUGCUGCAGCGCCGAUGCUAAAACCCACCUUGUACGCGCCCGCAGGUAUCGUCUGCGAUCCGCCCCCGCACAUCCCCCACGGGAGUCACAGCGGGCACUUGAGGGACCCCUUCUCCUACGCGGACGUGGUCACCUACACCUGCGACCCCGGCCACCCACUGGCUGGAGAGCCCUCCAUCUUCUGCACCACGGAGGACGGGGAGCCCGGCGUGUGGAGCGGGCCGCCGCCGCAGAACACCUUCUCCUACGCGGGCGUGGUCACCUACCCCUGCGACCCCGGCCACCCGCUGGCUGGAGAGCCCUCCAUCUUCUGCACCACGGAGGACGGGGAGCACGGCGUGUGGAGCGGGCCGCCGCCACGGUGCGGAGUGUCGCAGUGCCCUCACCCUCCAGCCAUUGCCAAUGGAAAGCACAGUGGUGAAGCCACACCAGUUUUCAUCAGCGGCAUGUCCGUAAACUACACCUGUGAUCCCGGCUACCUUCUUGUUGGAGAGGCACAGCUCAACUGGCGGCUGUGUCCCUCCCCAUCGGCGAUUGACCAUGGCCAGCAUGAUGGUGAGGAUGGGGAAGUGUUCACCCCUGGAAAGUCCGUAAAUUACAGCUGUGACCCCGGCUAUUAUCUUCUUGGAAAAACAACUCUGUACUGUACAGUCAAUGGAACCUGGAGCAUCCCUUACCCCCGCUGUGAAGUCAUCACCUGCACGAGCCCCGACAUCCCCAAUGGAGAUGUGGCUGAAGGACAGAGCGCUGAGUACCACCCUGGGGACAACCUCACCUUCCAGUGCCACCCCGGCUACGUGCUGCGGGGCAGCCAUGGGGGUGAAGAACAGCGCGCUGAGUACCACCCUGGGGACACCCCCACCUUCCAGUGCCACCCCGGCUACGUGCUGCGGGGCAGCCGUCAAGCCAAGUGCCAGCGCGAUGGCCGCUGGGUGCCCGCUGUCCCCACCUGCGAGCCGGCGCUGCCGUGUCCUCCGCCUCCCGUCAUCGCCCACGCCACGCACAGCGCGGAGCUCGGGGCAAACUUCACCAGCGGCAUGUCCGUGAGCUACAGCUGCCAGCCCGGCUUCUCCCUCCUCGGAGACCCCUCCGUCUCCUGCACGGCCUCGGGGCACUGGAGCCUCCCGUACCCACUCCCCCCGCGCGGCGGGGGGGGCCGGCUGCUGCCGCGGCUCCCCGUGGCCCCGGGGCUGGCCGAGCGUCCCUCCCUGCUGCAAUGUCCUUCACCUCCAAAUAUUGACAAAGGAAAUCACAGCAGCCAGGGCUUGGAGGUUUUCACUCCUGGGAUGGCCGUAAAUUACAGCUGUGACCCUGGCUACAGCCUCCUGGGAGAGCCUUCGAUCUACUGCACCGACUCUGGGAACUGGAGCCUCCCUCCUCCGCGCUGUGCAGGUGGCUGUGGAGCACCUCCAAACUUAACGUUUGCUGUGCUAACUGCGGAAUACAAAAACCUGACAGAGUUUCCUGUUGGGAACACGGUGCAAUACCGCUGCCAGCCGGGAUACAAUGGGAGAGUAUCUGUUCUCAAGUAUCACUACGCAUACAAAGACACUGUUACCUUUAAGUGCCAUAAAGGUUUCACCUUGCGAGGCCAUGGCACGGCCCAGUGCCGAGCUGAUGGAACGUGGGAUCCACCGGUACCACUCUGUGAGCGGGGAGAUGAGCCAGGUUUUGGGUAA